AUGUGGCUGCUGGUGGCGGUUGUGCUGGCCCUCGUGGUGGCCGCCAUCUUCUUCUUGGGCUUGGGAUCGAAGGGUGAUGGCAGUGUGGUUGCCCGACCAACCAUGCCCUUCCUCCCGCCCCGCUUCGUCGUGCUCGCAUUCGCGUGGUUGCUCAACGCCCUCGCUACGUUGCGCGAUCGGGUGCUUCCGCCCGAGAUGAAGAUCAUCGAGAUGGUGCAUGCCCACUGGCAGACCCAGGCUCUCCACGCCGUCACCCGCCUGGGCAUCCCCGAAGCCAUUCCCCUCACCCUUCCCGCCGGCGCCAAAGCCUGGCCGUCAGUGGAGAGUGUGGCCGAGCGAGUUGGCGCCAAGGACGUGGACCUGCUGUACCGCACGCUCCGCCUGUUGGCCUCGGUGGGCGUGUUCAGGGAGUUCCCCGGACGUCGCUUCUCGCACACGCCUUCCUCGGCUCUCCUCCGGGCAGAUCACCCCGCCACCGCCAAGUCCACCGUUUCGUGCUGGGCGCAGUCGCACUACAACGGCUGGCGUGGUCUCCACCACCAGAUCGCCACCGGCGAGAUGGCGUUCAUGCACAUGCACGGGGGUAAGGACCUCUGGCAGUACUACAAUGAGGACGAUAACAAGGAAGAGCUCACCAGCUUCCAGAAGAUGUUCGAUGAGAUCAGCCGCACGAUGACGGGUCCCCUUGUGUGGGACUUCGAUUGGGAGCGGGUGGCCAAGGAUGUUGGCCGUAGUAAGGACCUGGUGGUGGCUGACGUGGGCGGCGGACUCGGCGGCGUUCUCGCCAUGGUGCUCGAGGCACUCCCCCAGGCCAAGGGCAUCUUGUUCGACCAGUCGACAGUGAUCGAGCGGGCCAAGAGCUCCGAGCGAUGGACCCAGGGUCCGCUCCAGGAGCGCAUCGCCUUCGAAUCCGGCAGCUUCUUGAACCGGGUUCCCUCGGCCGACAUCUACGUCAUGCGGAUGAUCCUGCACGAUUGGCCCGACGAUGUGUGCGUGAAGAUCCUCGAGAACGUACGCAGGGCGAUGAGACCCAACGGUCGGCUCAUCGUAGUCGACAGCUUGCUCGCGCCUGAAGGUCAAUACACCAGGCAGGUCCCUGUGAGCGUGGAGUUGCAGGACCUGCACAUGGCGGUGAUGCUCAACGGCAAGGAGCGCAGCGAGGUCCAGUUCCGCGAGGUGUUCGAAGCCGCCGGCUUCCGCAUGCUGAGCGUCACUCACACUCGCGGCAUCUUCCACCUCGUCGAAGGCGCUGUCGCUCAGUGA